CUAACCGGCUUUUAAAUGUAAUCGCCCGGCCACGUUGUAACAUCGAACCCUCACUGUGUCGCUUCGUGUGUGAUCACGGAGCGAAUUGUUGAUUUUUUUUAGGGGAAAUACACACAUCUAGGACUGAACUAGGAAGUCAACAAGAAUAUUCCAGACUCCAUCUUUCUCAUUCACAACAAGAAGACUAUCCUCAGACACCGCCAUGUUGAGUCCGACUAAGCUAGCUCCUGUAGCAUGUCCCUUAAUCCCGCAAACAGUAAUAUACUGUAAUAUAGUGAUAAUAAACCUCGUCGCCACCGUAAACAAAACCCGCACACCACCGUCUCAACGAUGGGACGAAAGCUCGUUAACAAGACCGGGGGAUUUAAUCGGAUAAGUAUUCACUGGUGGGCAGCUAGCUGAACGUUUUGUCCCACAAUAUUUAAGCCUAAUCAGGCUACUCGAUCCGACAUAAAAUGGCACAUUCCGGACACAACACUGUAUAAUCGCGUUAUUAUUAGCUAUCAAAGGCUACAUUGCUAAUAUAUAGGAUGAGUGAAAUAGUGAACAAGCAGCAGGGAACAUAACGUCGAUGUUAGCUAAGUACUUUAAGCUAACCACAUCUCCAGCAGCACUGCUAAUAUAUAGCAAACGUUGAAAUUUAACAGUAUCAUCAAGCUAGCUUCUGAUUUACGUUUACAAAUAACUCGUUUUGGGCAAUUACAACAUCGGUAGGUUAAUUAUUAAACGAGCAAAUGUUACUACCGCCAAAACGACGGUAUUCCGGAUGGCUUUCGAAAAGGGGCCUAGGUCACACUUCCACGUUUUCACAAAAAAAGAAAUCCGUAAAGACAACAGAACGACAUCAUCUGACAUGAAUUCAAUACGCGACACGCGUGCGUGUGAAAAAACAGUCAAAACAGUUCACAAGUUGACGUUAAAUUAACACUUAAGGCUUCUCCCGGACUUUCCUGCGGGCCGCACGGGAAAAUCCACUCCGCUGCCCGGCCGGCGUCCGCGGGCGAGUGCGAGGCUUGUGACGAAGUCCCGCAGAUCCCAAAAUUCACGGGGCGUAAAACCGACACGACGAUAUUUCCCUGACGAGGCUCGAGGAAUAAUCCGUUUGACAGUGUUUUUGGAAUGAAAACAUCGUGUGUUUCGACACUUUCCCCCGGUUUGAUGGAGCCUCUGUACAGGCCUCGGCCACUUUUCUUAGAGCUCAGGCUGAUCCGGAGCGAGACGAAGCAGACAACAGAGGUUUUUUUUAUUUUGCUCUGAGGGGAGAAAUCCACAUCGGACACAUUCGGCAAACAUCGGAAACUGGGAGGGUUUUGUUGAAAAUAUCCUAAUGAGGCUCGUUUCCUCGCGGCCAUUGGUCACCGCUCCUGUCCUACUUAAUAUUAAUGACGUGGCAGACGAAUAGAGCGCGGGCAAAUGUAAUAUUCAUUUCCCGGAUGCAAAUUAAUCAACGUCCCGCCUACUUGGUUUGAAGAAAGCCAAUAGAGAGGAGUUCAGAUUGAAUCACGCCCGCCUUUGGCUCUGAUUCGUCGAGAGAACAAACGUGCUCUCUCAUUGGCUGUGCGUGUGACAAACUGAAUUAUUCACGUGAACGUCUUGAAUGGCCAAUGAGCGUUUUACUACAGAGAGCCACGCCCCGUGCUUCGAAGUGGCAGCCCCUGCCUUUUUGAGUGGACAGCCCCGUAGCAAGCGCUCGGUCUAUAUAACAGAGCGCUGGUCCAUUCAGCGCUCACAAGCGCUGAGAGCGCCACAGAGGUUAGACCUAAAAAAAGGGGGGAGCGUUUCGGUCUAAACCAUCUGGAUCAAAAACACUAUUAAUUGCUCCACUACGGCAGCCUCCAGCUGCGCUCCGUGGGAUAUCGCCUCCGGAGCCUUUCCGGUCCCUUUUGGCGGCCAGACCGGAGCCGUGGUGGCCGUUAAACGACUGUUCCUGCUCAUAAAGCGGCGUGCCGAGGAAGGACGCGUCUCUUUGAAUAGACAGGAUGCACGGACCGCCCUCCGGCGACAGCGCAUGCCCACUGCGCACGAUCAAGAGAGUUCAGUUCGGCAUCAUCAGCCCAGAUGAGCUUAAACGGUUGUCCGUCACAGAAGGGGGGAUCAAGUACCCCGAAACAACAGAAGGAGGACGUCCUAAACUUGGCGGCCUUAUGGACCCAAGACAAGGUGUCAUAGACAGAACGGGAAGAUGUCAGACAUGUGCAGGCAACAUGACAGAGUGUCCAGGCCACUUUGGACACAUAGAACUGGCAAAGCCAGUUUUCCAUGUCGGCUUCGUAACAAAGAUCAUGAAGGUUCUCCGAUGUGUGUGUUUCUUUUGCUCCAAGCUAUUAGUGGAUAAUAACAACCCAAAGAUUAAAGAUAUCCUGGUAAAAUCUAAAGGGCAGCCACGAAAGCGCUUGACACACGUGUACGAGCUGUGCAAAGGAAAAAACAUCUGUGAAGGAGGGGAGGAGAUGGACAACAAAUUUGGAAUGGAGCAACACGAGACAGAGGAGGACAUUUCUAAAGAGAAGGGUCACGGUGGCUGUGGGCGCUACCAGCCACGCAUCAGACGCUCUGGCCUGGAGCUGUUCGCUGAGUGGAAACACGUUAAUGAAGACUCACAGGAGAAGAAAAUCCUGCUGAAUCCUGAGCGUGUCCACGAGAUCUUCAAGCGCAUCUCUGAUGAAGAGGUCUUCAUCUUGGGCAUGGAUCCCAAGUUCGCCCGUCCUGAAUGGAUGAUUCUGACUGUGCUGCCUGUGCCUCCACUGGCUGUGAGGCCUGCAGUCGUCAUGCAGGGAUCUGCUCGCAACCAGGACGACUUGACCCACAAGCUGGCUGAUAUUGUUAAGAUCAACAACCAACUGAGAAGAAACGAGCAGAGCGGUGCAGCGGCUCACGUCAUAGCUGAGGAUGUGAAGCUGCUUCAGUUUCACGUAGCCACAAUGGUGGACAAUGAAUUGCCCGGCCUGCCGAGGGCAAUGCAAAAAUCUGGCCGCCCUCUCAAAUCCCUUAAGCAACGGUUAAAGGGAAAGGAGGGGCGAGUCCGAGGUAACCUAAUGGGCAAGCGUGUGGAUUUCUCCGCUCGAACUGUCAUCACCCCAGACCCCAACCUGCAAAUCGACCAAGUGGGCGUACCGCGGUCCAUCGCAGCCAACAUGACCUUCCCGGAAAUUGUCACACCCUUUAACAUUGACAGACUUCAAGAGCUGGUGCGACGAGGCAACAGCCAGUACCCAGGAGCCAAAUACAUCAUUCGUGACAACGGAGACAGAAUUGACCUGCGCUUCCAUCCCAAACCAAGUGACCUUCAUCUGCAGAUCGGCUACAAGGUGGAAAGGCACAUGUGUGAUGGUGACAUCGUCAUCUUCAACCGACAGCCUACACUACAUAAAAUGUCCAUGAUGGGGCACAGGGUUCGGAUUCUGCCCUGGUCCACGUUUCGACUCAACCUCAGUGUCACCACCCCAUACAAUGCUGACUUUGACGGGGAUGAGAUGAACCUCCACCUACCUCAGUCCCUCGAGACGAGGGCAGAGAUUCAGGAGCUGGCCAUGGUGCCACGUAUGAUCGUCACACCCCAGUCCAACAGGCCCGUCAUGGGUAUCGUGCAGGACACACUCACAGCCGUGCGCAAAUUCACAAAGAGAGACGUCUUCUUAGAAAGGGGGGAAGUCAUGAACCUCCUCAUGUUCCUCUCCACCUGGGACGGGAAAAUGCCCCAACCGGCCAUCAUCAAGCCACGUCCACUGUGGACAGGCAAGCAGAUCUUCAGUCUCAUCAUUCCAGGACACAUCAACGUCAUCCGCACACACAGCACCCACCCCGACGAGGAGGACAGCGGUCCUUACAAACACAUCUCACCAGGGGACACCAAGGUCAUCGUGGAGAAUGGCGAGUUGAUCAUGGGCAUCCUGUGUAAGAAGUCGCUCGGAACCUCAGCCGGCUCCCUUGUCCACAUCUCCUACCUGGAGAUGGGCCACGACAUCACCAGGCUCUUCUACUCCAACAUUCAGACUGUAGUCAACAACUGGCUGCUCAUCGAGGGUCAUUCCAUUGGUAUCGGUGACUCCAUUGCUGAUGCCAAAACCUACCUUGACAUCCAGAAUACCAUCAAGAAAGCCAAACAGGAUGUGAUAGAAGUCAUCGAGAAAGCCCACAACAACGAGCUGGAGCCGACCCCUGGUAACACACUGAGGCAGACCUUUGAGAACCAGGUCAAUCGUAUCCUCAACGACGCUCGUGACAAAACGGGAUCCUCAGCCCAGAAGUCUCUGUCUGAGUACAACAACUUCAAGUCCAUGGUGGUGGCCGGUUCUAAGGGUUCAAAGAUUAACAUCUCACAGGUUAUCGCUGUGGUGGGGCAACAGAACGUGGAGGGUAAAAGAAUCCCCUUCGGGUUCAAACACCGCACGCUGCCUCACUUCAUUAAAGAUGACUACGGUCCUGAGAGUAGAGGCUUUGUGGAGAACUCCUACCUGGCUGGCCUGACACCAACUGAGUUCUUCUUCCACGCCAUGGGAGGCAGAGAGGGUCUGAUCGAUACAGCUGUCAAGACUGCUGAGACUGGUUACAUCCAGCGUCGUCUGAUCAAGUCUAUGGAGUCUGUGAUGGUGAAGUACGACGGCACAGUGCGUAACUCCAUCAACCAGGUGGUCCAGCUGCGCUACGGUGAAGACGGCCUGGCAGGAGAGAAUGUCGAGUUCCAAAAUCUGGCAACUCUCAAACCCUCACACAAGGCCUUUGAAAAGAAGUUCAGAUUUGACUGCACUAAUGAGCGCGCACUGAGGCGGAUGCUGCAGGAGGACGUGGUUAAAGACGUCCUGACCAACGCCAAUGUGCAAAGUGUCUUGGAGAGAGAGUUUGAUCAAAUGAAGGAGGACCGGGAGAUCCUUCGGGCCAUUUUCCCCACAGGGGACAGCAAGGUGGUGCUGCCAUGCAACCUGGCCAGAAUGAUCUGGAAUGCUCAGAAGAUCUUCCGCAUCAACGCUCGGACCCCAACCGACCUGAAUCCUCUCAGAGUGGUCGAGGGUCUUCAAGAUCUUAGCAAGAAGCUGGUGAUUGUGAACGGCGAGGACCCGCUGAGCCGACAGGCCCAGAAGAACGCCACUCUGCUCUUCAACAUCCACCUGCGCUCCACGCUCUGCUCCAAACGCAUGACGGAGGAGUUCCGCCUUUCCACCGAGGCUUUCGACUGGCUGCUGGGAGAGAUUGAGACCAAGUUCAACCAGUCCAUUGCCCACCCAGGUGAAAUGGUCGGCGCUCUGGCUGCUCAGUCGCUGGGAGAACCAGCUACUCAGAUGACCCUGAACACUUUCCAUUACGCCGGUGUGUCAGCCAAGAACGUAACACUUGGUGUGCCUCGUCUUAAGGAGUUGAUCAACAUCUCCAAGAGGCCCAAGACGCCCUCGCUGACGGUCUUCCUGCUGGGUCAGGCUGCACGUGACGCUGAGAGGGCCAAAGACAUCCUCUGUCGACUGGAGCACACCACACUCCGAAAGGUGACAGCCAACACUGCCAUAUACUACGACCCCAACCCCCAGAACACCGUGGUGGCCGAGGACCAGGAGUGGGUGAACGUCUACUAUGAAAUGCCCGACUUUGAUGUGACACGCAUUUCGCCAUGGCUGCUCCGUAUCGAGCUUGACCGCAAGCACAUGACUGAUCGCAAACUAACUAUGGAACAGAUCGCAGAGAAGAUCAAUGCAGGAUUUGGAGAUGAUCUGAAUUGUAUCUUCAAUGACGACAAUGCUGAGAAGCUCGUUCUGCGAAUCAGAAUCAUGAACAGCGACGAGAACAAGUUCAACGAGGAUGAGGAGGUGGUGGACAAAAUGGACGACGACGUGUUCUUGAGAUGCAUCGAGUCCAACAUGCUGACGGACAUGACCCUACAAGGCAUUGAGCAGAUCAGCAAGGUGUACAUGCACUUGCCCCAGACUGACAACAAGAAGAAGAUCAUAAUCACCGAGGAAGGUGAGUUCAAGGCCCUGCAGGAGUGGAUCCUGGAGACGGACGGAGUGAGUCUCAUGAGAGUCCUGAGCGAGAAGGACGUGGAUCCCGUCAGAACCACCUCCAACGACAUUGUGGAGAUCUUCACGGUCCUGGGAAUUGAGGCUGUGCGAAAGGCUCUGGAGAGGGAGUUGAACCACGUCAUCUCCUUUGACGGUUCCUACGUCAAUUACCGUCACUUGGCUCUGCUCUGUGACACCAUGACCUGCCGCGGUCACUUGAUGGCCAUCACACGUCACGGCAUCAACCGUCAAGACACAGGACCGCUUAUGAAGUGUUCCUUUGAAGAGACGGUGGAUGUGUUGAUGGAGGCAUCAGCACACGGUGAAUGUGACCCCAUGAAGGGGGUGUCAGAGAACAUCAUGCUGGGCCAGCUCGCCCCGGCCGGUACCGGCUGCUUUGAUUUGCUGUUGGAUGCUGAGAAGUGCAAAUACGGGAUGGAGAUUCCCACAAACAUGCCUGGUAUCAGCGUGGCUGGACCCACUGGAAUGUUCUUUGGCACAGUGGCAAGUCCCAUGAGUGGCAUGUCACCCGCCAUGACACCGUGGAACACUGGGGCUACACCAGCCUACGGCGCCUGGUCUCCUGGUGUUGGAAGCGGCAUGACCCCUGGUGCAGCCGGUUUCUCUCCCAGCGCAGCAUCAGACGCAAGUGGCUUCUCUCCCGGCUACUCCCCUGCCUGGUCCCCGACUCCUGGCUCCCCAGGUUCUCCCGGACCUGCAAGCCCCUACAUCCCGUCUCCAGGUGGAGCCAUGUCACCAAACUACUCGCCCACCUCACCGGCCUACGAGCCUCGGUCCCCUGGUGGCUACACCCCACAGAGCCCAGGCUACUCCCCAACAUCUCCCUCCUACUCCCCCACCUCUCCCUCUUACUCCCCCACCAGCCCCAACUACAGCCCGACCUCUCCUUCCUACUCCCCCACUUCGCCCAGUUACUCCCCAACUUCUCCCUCCUAUUCGCCCACAUCUCCCUCCUAUUCCCCCACCUCUCCAUCUUACUCCCCCACCUCCCCGUCUUACUCCCCCACCUCCCCGUCCUACUCUCCCACCUCGCCAAGCUACAGCCCGACAUCGAGUUACAGCCCGACAUCACCCAGCUACUCUCCCACCUCCCCCUCUUACUCACCCACUUCACCUUCAUACUCUCCCACCUCCCCCUCUUACUCUCCCACCUCCCCCUCUUACUCCCCUACCUCUCCCUCCUACUCGCCAACCAGUCCGAGCUACAGCCCCACAUCACCAAACUACACUCCCACCUCUCCCAGUUACUCCCCCACCUCCCCCUCCUACUCGACGUCGCCCUCUUACUCUCCAACCUCCCCCAACUACACCCCGACCAGCCCCAACUACUCUCCCACCUCUCCCUCGUACUCCCCAACCUCUCCCUCAUACUCUCCUUCCAGUCCGCGCUAUACCCCGCAGUCACCCACCUACACACCCAGCUCGCCCUCAUACAGCCCCAGCUCGCCCUCCUACUCCCCCACCUCCCCCAAAUACACCCCGACUUCACCCUCAUACAGCCCCAGCUCCCCGGAGUACACUCCCACCUCUCCCAAGUACUCCCCUACCUCUCCAAAGUACUCCCCAACAUCUCCGAAGUAUUCCCCUACCUCUCCCACCUACUCCCCAACGACGCCGAAAUACAGCCCCACCUCUCCUACCUACUCUCCGACCUCUCCCACCUACACCCCCACCAGCCCCAAAUACUCCCCGACCUCCCCGACUUACUCCCCAACCUCACCCAAGUAUUCACCCACGUCUCCUACGUACUCGCCAACUAGUCCUAAAGGCUCCACCUACAGCCCCACCUCCCCUGGAUACAGCCCCACCUCACCCACCUACAGCCCGGCCAUCAGCCCCGACGACAGCGACGAGGAGACCAACUGAUGAGCCACCGCGGAGGAGGAGGGGCACCUGAAAACCCCGUGUCACCUCACGGAGGACACUUGAAGGACAGCGCAUUUUAACCAGCUGGAGGUGGCAGUGUUUUUAGCCACAGGGGUCCCAACUGUUGCCCCCCAAAAAUCAAAAAUAAAACUAUGAUGUGAAAGACUUGAACUGCUUUGCCUGAAGGAAAAAAAAGGCUGCCUUUUGAAAUAGUUUUUUAAUUUUCACAUGGGAUGUUGAAGCAAAACCGCAGAUCCCAAGAGGGAAUGAAAAGGAGAGGAGGAUGUGGUGAACACAUGAGGGGGAGAACAUGUCCCUUUUUAACUUUCUAGUGUAUUACAUCCAGUCUCUCUCUCAUUCUCUAAAUGUUGGGUGUAUAGUCGUUGCUGGAAAGCAUACACUUUGCCAAAAGCCUUUUUUUGAAAAGCUGAGUGGAUUGUAUUCAUCACUAAAGCAUAAGCUCUAAAGAAAAUCAAGGAGGUAAGGUUUAGACUUUGUUUACUGCAUUUUUCACCAAGGUGUAUCUUGUUAGACCUUUUGCUUCUUUUGUUAAAGUCCAGUUGCUGCCAGGUUUGGUGGCAUUUUGUAAAAGAAGAUGGAGUUUUAGGUGUUUGAUGGGUCGGAUUGUCUGCCGGCGAGUUGGAUGAUAUAUAUAUAUAUACAUUAUAGGAGAGAGAAACUGGCUUGGAAGGAAAUUUAACUCUGAACAUCGUUAACUACGUAGGUGCGUGUACCCAUCGCCCUCCCAUCUUCCGCCUUCACACCCCAAAGACAAAACUUCAAAGAUGUCAUGAAUGCACCCACCAGCAUCCUCUUGUCCUCUACCAUUUUGCAGACUUGUGCAUCAAAAGCAAAAAAAAAAAAAAAUACUAAAACUAAAAAAACUUUUCCAGAUACUAUUCUUCCCAUGACAUUGGGAAUUUAAAGAUUUAUAUGGAAGAAAAUAAUCGUGAGAAUUAUUAUUCUGUCUUUAAGUUUGAUUCUCGGAUGAACUGGGGCGCACACGGACGAGGGAUACCAGUUUGGCGUUGCUGCUUCUGUCAUUGUUUUGCAUGAGUAGCACAUGUUAAUGCGUUUUAAUCAAACUUUAGGUUGAAAUUUGUCUUUUUGGAUUCCCUCCCACUUCUUUGAUAAUCUUCGUCCCAUUUCUAAUAGUUGACGUGUACCCAGGUUUAUUUGGACUAUUCAGUUUAUUUAAGAAAAAGUUAACUGCUAUUCUGUGUGAAUAUGAAUAGAGAAAAAUUAAGAAUUUCAAUUUGUUAUUAUUUUUUUUUGAGGGGGGGGUUUCUCUUGUUUGCUUUUGGUGACUUUGUGAACCUUGUAUGCAGGAGGCUCGUGUUCAUAUACUGUGGAUGAAGGGGCAGGGGACGGAGGGGAGUGCGUUUUUUUGUUUUUGUUUCCACCUCCCUCUGCUCUCCCCCAAUAGUCCAGCCAUCAUAGCGACGGCUCUUUUCACGAACAGUUGUACGAAAAUGUCGCAUGCUGCCGCCGGGUUGUGGCAUCGCUUCGGUUACAUGGACAAAACAAAAAGUUGUGACAUUUUUUCUUCAGAACAGAGUGAAACUGUUUAUUUUUCUUUUAAGCAGAGAUCGUCCAAAGAAACAUCCCUUUUGGGCCUCUCUUAAAAAAUAAACCUUACCCACUACAUUAGUGUGACCUUUCUUUUGAAUAUGGGUGCUUUCUCACACGACUCGACCCAGUUUGGUCUGUAUGCUUGAUGACAAUGGAACAAUUUUUUUCCCCCCCUUUCCCUCCUCGUUCCAAUUUGAUCAUUCGUUGCGGUUUCUGAUUUAUUAUUUUUGGAUGAGCUGGGUCGCCUCCCUCUUCUCUCUUCAUCCACAAGUCAUCCUCAUUUCUGAAAUCAGUGUUUCUUUUUUCUUCCAGUGUACGUACCAGUGACGUGGGGGAGGGUGGGGGAUGUAUCUGAUCCUACUGGGAGUCCCGAGGAAGUAAAAAAAAAAUGCAACCAGUGAUUAUUUUUGCGUUCUGUUUUUGAAAGUGUUUCGUCUAAUUUUGUGAAACGUUGCUUCCGAUUGGGUCGUCUUGAAUUGACAGGGACGCAUCCUCUGGCCUUUGAGAUGAAGCAGGGUUGGUUGGUUGCUGCACUUCGUUCAUAUUGUGGUGGAGCUUGUUUCCUUUUAAGCCACUUAAAUGUCACGUUUUGUCCACUAUGCUUGCAUCCAAUCCUGUCGUCUUAACUGUGUGCCGUCCGGUCAAUUCAGGGCGCUGGGACUCCCAGGGUGUAUGAAUGAUUGAAAGUGUGUAUGUGUGUGCGGUUAGCGUGUGUCCAGAGGUGAGACAGGGUUUCGAGCGGAGGAAGGACGCCACGUCUGGGCAAAGGAAGGUUUAACUUAAAAUUGCCACUGUAUAGAAAUCGAUUCAUUAUCUCAUUCUCUGUAUCUUUGUUCUGUUUGUUUUUUGACUUGGAAAAAGAAUAAAAGUUUUACUACAUG